AUGCUUUCGAAUAAUAUAAAAGUUUUAGCCUUAGAGAAAACACUAUUACAAGGACUUGAUAAUUUCAAAGAUCUCCUGUCUGACUUUGAACAACUUCACAUUGAAUCUAAUAGUUAUAAAACACAAUUUAUUGAACAAAAGGAAAAAUGUAGUAGCAAUAGCUGCAGUAGUGCUGAAGCUCUGAAGAGGAUUAUUGAAUCUAAAGACAAUAUCAUACAGUUAGUUGCAUCAACAUUAACAAGACUAAAUGAGACGAAAGACCUGAAAAUAUUAGAUGAAGCUUUCAGAAUAUUGUUUGGUGAAACACCCACAUCUGUGUCAAAGUACCAGGCUAACAUAGACUGCAAAGAGAUUAAGAAGUCACCAAUAAAGCAAGAAUUGCAUUCGUCUCUUGAAGAUGUCUCGUUUAGAGAGGAAUCUGAGUCUGAGAUUGAAGGAACGCCCACAACGGGACGAUUCAGUCCUAUUAUACCGAUGAAGAAACUUAGGGGUACUACUACAGUGACUACGUCGUCAGAUUUUAGGGAUAAGAAAAAGUGUCCUGAUAAUUGGGCAACACCAGAAAAGAAAACUUUCAAAUUAUCCUCGUCAACUCCAGUGGGUGGCAAAAAGACAGGUAGAUAUAGACAAUCCCGACUGAACUUAGUGAAAGUGGAACAGCCUACUGUGAUAGACAUUACUUGUUCUCCGGAGUUCAGUGGCGGACGGAGGGAUGAUUUUGAUAAGGAUAAACCGCUACUUAUCAAGAAGGAAUCAAUAGAGAACGAGGACACAAUAUUACCAUCCCCUACAAGUGGACCCAAUAAUUUUACACUGUUCAAAUCUAAAGAAAGUCCAAUGAAGUUCAAGAAGCCGCUUAGUUUGAAACCCAAAACUGAGAAAAAGACUCCGCCAAAGGAAGUUGAUCAAAAUGUCUCACCGUCUAUAAUUAAACAAGAACUAUUAAAUACAGAAAAUGUGUUCAAAGAUAAUAUCAAUCAUAGUGUCACUUUUACUCAAGAGGAUUCUAUUAAUUUGUUGCAUCCUAACAGACUCCCUAAGAACUUAAAACAAUCGCCAAUGAAAGUUGAGCCGUAUAAUGACGAGACGUACUGUGACACGCAAGCCAGCGUCUCACUCUUACACCAUGUUGAUAAACUGGACAAUAUACACAAAGGAAAGGAAAAUAGCCCCAACAAGAGUCCUUUAGCUGAAAACAUCAAUAUAAUGAACGUGCAAGACGACGAUGAGCUCCAAGCAAGCAUGUCAGUGUUACAAAGAGAAUCAUUCAAUAAAAACGCUGUGGAUAAUGUUAAAAGAAAAAUUCCUGAAUUUGUCGAAGUAAUUGAUGAGCCCAUCCGAAAGAAAUCCGAGAAACGACUGUUACCUGGUUGGAGCUGUGACAAAUGUAAAGAAUUUUUCGGAGAACUUUACAAGCAUGAUCCGGAGAUGAUGGCGAAGAAAAUAAACGAAUGUUCUCAUCAUAGAGGUGUGAACAACCCAACGGACCGACCGAAAACUCCGCCCCGAUUCUGGAACCCACGCUGGGAAGUGCCUAAUGAUACCGAGGAGUUUAACAGAAUGAACAACGUUUCUUGA